CGGACGCGUAAUCUUUUAUUUUAAAUAGUCUGUCAGUGAAUUGUCAGGUGUUUUAGAUCCUGUUGAACGACGUCAGUCGUUAGGUCGACUAUCGCUUAUUGUUUGACAGGUGAUCGUUUGCGAAUCAUUUGCUUUCGAAAAGGGUGGAUACCGUGAUCUCACACCCCGCUACUACGAUCGCGGUAGCCCAUCCCUUCUUUGAUUCCGUCCCUAACCCCUUCUCAUCCGUUCGUUUAUCUUUCUAUCUCCUACUACAGCAUAUAUCCUUUUCUUCCUUCCUUCACUAUUCGUUUCUCCCUUUUUUUCUUUCUCACUGUCAUUCUACUUCCACCUUCUUUUACCGUCAAACAUAGAACGUGUUCGACAUCUUCCGCUGUGGCGAAGAUACCGCCAAUGCAAUGCGAUUAUGUCAGGGGCAAGCUGAUAAACUUUUGAACACCUGCAAUGAUGUGACAAUAAAGGUAUAUUCUCCUACAUCCUUUCUCAUAUCGCGGGGUAUUGUCCCUGUUACACAGUGCUUCCCAGAAUAGAACAAGAGAAUGAAAUAAAAAUUAUCAUCAACUAAAUCGAUGAUUAAUGAAAACGGUGCCAAACGUCGAUAGACAAGCCAAUCAACGUGAAUAUACAGCAUCUUGAUAUUCCGAUAAACAUCGAUAAUUAGGGAGCAAAAAAGGAACAACAAGAAUAAGAAGAAACGAGGGGUUGACCACUGACUGCAAAACGCACAACAGAACAGGUUGAUUAAGAUCAAAUCUUAACGAAGGAAACACAAACAGACAAGGAAAGCACAAAGGAGGAAGAAAUAGUGGUAGUUGUUAAAAAAACAGUAAAUUGAUUAUUCAAAGAUUGCGUGAAAGAAGGAAGGAUUACAGGUGGUAUAAGAGAAUAACAAGAAUAGAAUGGGCAAUAAGUUGUCUUGCAGUUGUGCUCCUCUUAUCAGAAAGGCUUAUCGUUACGAGGAUUCACCAUGGCAGGCUGGCGCGAGGGGCGGAAUGGGCGGCAGCGGAGGUCGCAGGGGUGACACUGGCCACUUGCUCAGGUGCGGAAGCUUAAGAGAAAGGAAGAGACUAUGGGCCGAAGUGUUCCAUGUAAGUGCCAGUGGAGCAGGGACUGUAAAGUGGCAGCAGGUCUCCGAGGAUUUAGUUCCUGUAAAUAUCACAUGCAUUCAAGAUUCGCCAGAAUGUAUUUUCCAUAUUACCGCAUACAACAGUCAGGUGGACAAAAUUUUGGAUGUACGAUUAGUUCAACCAGGCACACGUAUCGGACAAGCAUCAGAGUGUUUUGUUUACUGGAAAGAUACAAUGACCAACGAUACGUGGGGAUUGAAUUUUACUUCUCCAAUAGAUGCUAAACAAUUCAGAGAAUGUUGCUCACCGUCGUUCAAGAUUUCAAGGAAAGCGUCCUCUUCUUACUCGUUGAAGCUUGAACCACCUAACAAACAAAAGAUCAAAACCCGGAGAAAGCCCUUAUCGACACCGGCAUCACCGAGUAGAUCCAGGGAGCCUCAAUGCACUUGUAUGACCCCAGAACAACUUGCCAGGUUUCGAAGCCAAGAAGCUAGAUAUCGUGGCUUUUGUGGUACUUCUACGCUUCCGCGAACUAUGGCAAGAUCCACGGAAGUUGAAAUGACACCAGCUCGUGAUAAAAUAACUGCAGCAACAUCCAGUGCGUCCCUCUACGACAACGUUAACAAUGCGAAUGUAACGCCAGGAAAAACACCGAAAACAGGCGAAUCAAAGCAAAAGGAGAAACAAAAUGAAACCUGUCAAACUACACCAAAGACGGCAAACGUAGGAAUCGAAACAGUCACCGUUGGAUCACAGAUCGAUAGCCCGGAAGAAAAAGGCGCUGCAGUUUCUCCGAAGAAAGGUCAGAAGCAAAGUCAAGAUUCGUCUACUCAACAAAAUAGUACUGAAAUGCUAAAAUCAGAGGGUACACAAGCCGGUGGUACUUUACAAAAUAAAUCUUUACGAAAAGAGCAAUUACAUCAUACAAAGUCUGCUGAUUAUACAGACUUGGAAAUACAAAAUGGCAAUAUCUUCAACAUAGUGAACAAUAAUCACAGUGGAAAGAAAUCAAAAAGUAAGAGUACCGAUGAUAUGAGAAUUGAAAAUGCACAGAACGGUGGAAUUAGUUUAGAUUCGAAUACCUUGAAAAGAAUGCUGAAACCAAUGUCGAGUAUCGAUAGUCCUGUUACAUCCCCAGAGAUGACCAGAAAGAGGCACAGCCAUUAUAAUUAUCAUUACCACCCAAGCAAUAACAAUCAGAAAUACGUUAUGCAAGAGACUGAAAAUGAAAAUUGUGCUCAUCUAUAUCGAGCACCAUAUAAUAACAAGUUCCAGGCAUCUAGGAGCGUGCAUGACAUGGGACGUCAGUACACUGGCAGCAGAGCCAGGACCUAUUUAGAUUCGGAACAUAAUCGAUGCACAGGUGAUAUGUCGCCGCCAUCGGAUAAUGUCAUCUUCGAUAAUCAGUGUUACGCGACCACGCCAAGUUCGUCGAAUGGAAACUCGGAUAUGGAACAACCGACUCACUGCAGUUCGCGUCGUUGCAAUGGUGGUCAGGCGUAUCAACAACAAAACAUGCAAUCUGUAUCAACACCUGGUAGUCCAACUAGUAGGCUUCUUCUCGAAUAUGAGAUGCAUCUGAGGAACACUUUGGCCAAGGGUAUGGAUGCCGAAAGCUACAGCUUACGUACUUUUGAGGCCUUGCUAACGCAAAGCAUGGAAGAUUUAGAAUUUGCGAAAAAUAUACCGUUGAACAUUCAACGUACACCUCACGUUUCACGAAGACGUCCCGGUUCCAAUAAAUCGUCAACGUUACCACUAUCGUACCGUUAUUGCAAUGAAAGACAAAAUAGUAAAGAUAGGGACGGUUACUACAGCGAUCGUAAUGAAAUGAUUAGGGAGAAAAGAGACAGAGAAAUUGACCGAGAUCGUGGAUAUCUUAGUGAUUAUAAUUCUAGAUGUACCAGCUGCGUUGGAGAGUCUGCACGUGCACAAUGGUUUCGCCACUCUGAUGGAUGGCAGUCUGGUAGUUCGACACUUGGCUCUGGUGCUUCUAGUUCAAUGAAUCCAAGUUACGUGGGACAUAAACGAGAUUCUCCUUGGGAUUCCUUACCAUCGCUAAGACACGAGGGCAGCCUUAACGAUAGCGGAUAUAAAUCAAAUCGAACUGAUUCUUUAGAACAAAGAGGAACUUUUGAUAGACAAGACAGCGUGAGAUCGGAUUAUAUGUCCGAUCGGGAUGGCAGAUAUGGAAUUGUUCAACAAGCUUCACUGGAGAGCACAGACUCGAGAAUUUGCUACUUGACGUCCUCAGAGAUGUCAGACGAUGAUAAAAUGUCGCUAACUACUGCCGUUAGCGAUGACGACGAUGGUGAAAGUGUCAUAAAUUCUCCAUAUCGAGGAAAACAGACUGGUACCGCUGCAGCUUCGUUCAAUUGCACGGGAGCAGUUCGAAAAGCUGGAUUUUUAAGCGUGAAAAAAUGGCUGUUACGAAAGAAGCAUCAAAUCGAGCUGGCGAGGAAGAGGGGUUGGAAAGGUUAUUGGGUUUGCUUAAAGGGAACUACCCUUCUCUUCUAUCCUUGUGAUUCGCAAGAAAGUAGAGCCAUGGAGGCAGCACCAAAACACUUGAUUAUAGUCGAUGGUGCAAUAAUGCAACCAAUUCCGGAACAUCCAAAACGGGAUUACAUAUUUUGCUUAAGCACCGCAUUCGGCGAUGCUUAUUUAUUCCAGGCACCAUGUCAAGUGGAACUCGAAAACUGGGUGAACAGCAUACAUUCAGCAUGUGCCGCUGCGUUUGCACGUCAUCGUGGUAAAACCGGAACCCUUCAUUUAUUGCAAGAAGAAAUAUUUCGCUUAGAGAAAGCGAUAGAAUCGGAUCAUAAACUAAAACAUAUGGCGGAUCUUCAGCAGUCUGUUGUAUCCGAUGUAGAAACAAAACAGCAGAUUAAUAAUCAAAUUGUUCAAUGGGAAGAAAAUUUGGAGCGACUUCAUUGUGAGCAAUUCCGACUAAGAUGCUAUAUGGCGAGUUUACAGAGUGGCGAAUUACCAAACCCAAAGAGUUUAUUGACGCACGUAUCUCGUGCUACGAAGCAAACAUUAAACAAAUUAGGAGUCUUUACCGUAUCGUCGUUUCAUGCUUUUAUUUGCGCACGAAGUCCUUCGUUGCUGAAUAAUCUACUAGCAGGACGAGGAGCUACCAAGAGAAGACCACCGUUACUAUCGAGAUCCAAUAGUGGAUCGAGUAGGAGAUCCCUUCAAAUAUCGUCUAGAGAUGAUGAGAAAACCGUGAAGGUGUAUGUGCCGGAAAAUCAGCUGGUAUCCGUCUUUGUGCGUGACGCUAUGACAGUAGAGGAAUUCCUUGCGAGUGCUUGCAACAGGAAAAACCUUAAUCCGAUGGAACAUUUCGUUCGUGUAAAGAAACGACGCGACAUGGAAGAUCAUAAUUAUUUUGUACCACAUAGAACGGACAUGAUAGAAACUUAUUUGCACACUCAUGAGAUCGUUGAAGUUUGCGCAAAAAUCUUAUAUCAAGUAGAGCUACAGAGGAAUACUCUUGAACAAAUGUGGGGCUUUUCGGUGGAGGCAGAAUUAAUUGAGAAUUCUGAUCGGCAGGAUGAAUUGUGUUGUUACGUUAGCAGGGUUGAAGAUAAGAGCGUCGCAAUGCAAAAUGGAAUCAUUAAAGGAGACGAGAUCAUGGUAAUUAACGGUGCAAUAGUAAGCGAUUUAGACAUGAUGUACUUGGAAAGUGUGUUGCAAGAAGAAGUUGGUCUAUGUAUGAUGAUGAGAUCUUCGCGAACUGAACCACCAGAUCUUACAGGCAUAAUGAGAGUCACCGAUGACAUAAUCGAGAGUUUGGUUUGCCCGCCACCACCUUCUGAUCCACCGGUUAUAAGCGAAGAAAUGAUUUCCGGUUUAAUCGUUCCAGCCCCCGGAUGGAGCAAAGAAAGUAUCGCACAGGAGUGUACGUCAGCAGCUCACAUGGAAAAUGGCAAACAAACAUCUCGCACAAAUUCAUUCGAAAUAGAAAACUUAUUGAAAACCGCCGAACAAGUAACUGGUAUCUGUCGAUCACCUGGUGAAACAAGAAAAUCUAGUCCCACUGGAAGUGUUGUUAGUUCUCAUUCUCAAGCUAUGACGCCGAGUCGGCAAUUAAGCGAUGCUGAGAAAUUGAAGAAAGUUAUUCUAGAAUUAAUUGAAACUGAACGUACUUAUGUGAAGAACUUAAAUAAUUUGCUGGAGAACUACUUAGAACCCCUUAAACGCGAAACAUUCUUAUCGAAUGCAGAGAUAAACGCAUUGUUUGGGAACAUACAAGAGAUUGUUACAUUUCAACGACAAUUUCUACAAAAUCUUGAUCAUGCGAUCGAGAUGGAAGCUGAUUUCAAUAAUUUCGACCAUCCUAGUCAAUUUAAGGGUGUCCUGUUUUCUAUUGGAAGUGCCUUCUUAUAUUACGUAAAUCAUUUCAAGUUGUACAGUUCGUUUUGUGCUAGCCACUCAAAAGCACAAAAGGUUUUACAUCCAAAUGAAGGAAACCAAGCUUUGCAAGAGUUCCUGCAAGCGCGCAAUCCAAGGCAGCAACACUCGUCGACUUUAGAAUCAUACUUGAUAAAACCUAUUCAACGAAUACUGAAAUAUCCGUUGUUGUUACAACAGCUUCGAAACCUAACUGACGAACGAAGUGAAGAGCACCAGCACUUGAUCGAAGCCUUAAAAGGAAUGGAGAAAGUAGCAGAACACAUCAAUGAAAUGCAAAGGAUUCACGAAGAAUACGGAGCUAUCUUUGAUCACUUGUUCAGGCAACAUCAAAAGUCUUGCAAACAGCCGAUCGACUUAAGUCCAGGAGAUCUUUUAUAUUAUGGAGGGGUCGAAUGGCUCAAUAUUUCCGACUUUCUUGGUAAAAUCAAGAAAGGACUGGAACUGCACGCAAUGUGUUUUGUGUUUAAGUCUGCUGUCGUAUUCUUGUGUAAAGAAAGGUUGAGACAAAAGAAGAAGCUUAUGGGGGUAUCCACUAAAGCGAAUUCCAGUGAGGUAGAAAUAAUUCGCUAUCAAGUAUUAAUUCCUGUAACGGAAGUACAAGUUAGAGCUAGUUCCGCCAAAGAUAUGGAAUCUCAUUUCCUGUGGGAAUUGAUCCACUUAAGAAGUCAAUUACAGAGAAGAUCGGAGAAAGUAUACGUGCUUUCUAACAGCACAACAGAAUUCAGAAAUGCAUUUUUGAGGACGAUACGUCAAAUUAUUCGAGAAUCGGUUCGAAAUAUGAGUAUACCAUCGACGAAACAGAACUUGAGCCAACCACCGAUUACUAUUUCACCACGAAUGUCAACUGGACAUGUUGAAAAGUUUGAGAAACAGUCGGCAAGCCAGGGACAAAAUGGCAGUAACAGUAGCGCCGUAACUACCGGUACGCUAUCGAAAAAAAUGGUUAAACCGCAAAUAUUGCCAACUUCCCAUAACGUAAAACGAAAAUAUAGCCAAUCGAAGCAAACGGUAGAGCAUGAAAGCUCCGAAGAUAAAGAUACCGAGGAGCCAGCAGGCGCAAUCAAUCAACAGCAAACAACAUUUCGCUCCCGAAGCAAGACUAUCAGCGAUACAUCCGGAGAGGUGAAAGUCGAGAUGGAUUCAGGAACAAAAUCCGAAGGAGAAGAAGAUUCGCAAGCUUUUUUAGGUGAGAAGAAGGCGAAUUUGGGCCGCACACCGAAUCAUUUGACUUUGAGCACCACUUCAACAAUUUCAGCAGGAAGUACGGGUAGUCAGGCGAGACUGAUCCAAUCUUCUCAUCAGCCGGAAAAUUAUCAGCCGAUCGCAGUCAAGGAACUUGGUUCGCCGAUUUGGAAACCACGGGAAUUACCCUCGCUAGGAGAGUCUACGACGUUGCCACGUAAGGGUAAGUCGGCCAGCGAGUUUGGGGAUAUAAGCUCAUCUCAUAGCGCCUCCCGAAAGUCUCUGAUAGAAAUCAAUAAUUGUGCUCAACAAUCUAACUGUAAUAACCACGUUUAAAUUAAAUAGAUGUUAACUGAUUGACGAACCAUCGAGUUAAGUUUAAAAACCGUGCAACAGAAUAAACCAAAUAACUACUCAAUUACCGUGUAAACUGUAAAAACUAGCGCUCGCUUGCCGCCCACGCGGAAUACUUAAUUAAACUUUAACACUACGCGUUUCCCUCCUGCACAUCUCCUUCUUCUCGUUUCGUCUUCCAAACGCGCUACGCGUUAUAAAACGUCGUUGGUGCUACUCCUCUGUACAACGAACGAUAUUCAAUUGUUUGACAGGAGAGAAUCUUAAAGAAGGGAGAGAACUUUGCUUUUAAUGGGAAACAAGCUUUCCCACGAAACAAACGGCGAAUGUUUCGGUACGUGUCUUAUGCGCAACUGGUAACAAUUCCAGCGGAAAUCGUACUUGGACUCUUUUCUCCGUUCUUUUGUCAACUAUCUUUCAAUCUUUCACCUAUUAUCGAAUAAAGACGCGAUAUUGCUAUUCGCUGCUACCAUCAUAUUGUAAUCAAAAUCAAACAUUAAUUGUAUUAAAAAAUACAAAUAUCACGCAUACACUGACAUGUACAUACGUAAAUAAGUAAGUACAUACAUACAUACUUGUGCGCGCACACACGCAUACACGCACGCACGCAUAUAUGUAGACUGCAUAGAUAUACGUUAUUCAACCAACAAUAUUAACAGGCAGUAAACGAUUUUAACGAAUACCGCAAGACACUCUCUCUCUCUCUCUCUUUAUCUAUUAUUACUACUAUUACUGCUACUGCUAGUAUCAUUGUUACUACUAUUACAACUACUACCACUUACUCUUAUUACUACUGCUGCUACUGCUGCCGUUGCUACCACACUACUUCUGCAAUUAUUGUUGCUGCUGGCUCUUCUGUUGCUGUUGCUGGUGCUGUUGCUGGUGCUGCUACUACUACUGCAUGCUUGUACUACUACUGCAUCGUACAAUGAAGUAAUUCUUCUUUAAAAUAUUUGGGUGAAAAUUAAGGAUUAAUUUUUAACCACUUUUAGGUUAAACGUAACUAUUUUAACCAAUGUAAAUGUAACUAUUUUCAUGUUUUUUCUGCGUGGACGGCAAUGCGAUACAACGUAAUAAACUCUGUAUAUAAUGUAAUAUUGACGCGAUCAAUAUUGUCAUUCUUUCGUUAUAGGGAAUUUUAUUUUUAAUGUUACUUAAACUUUAUUUUUAAUGCUACUUAAACUAAAUUAGGAUAUUCGACGCUAAAACUAUAAGGAUGAAUUUGUGAAUUUGUUGAUUUCUGGAUUUGUAGGUUUGCAGGUUUGCAGGUUAUUAGCUUAGUGAAUGACAAAGAGCGUAACGAUACGCGGAAUGGUAUCGGAUUGAUACCAUUAAAGAAAAUUAUUACGGUAAUAUAUAUGCGUUUAAACUUAAAUGUACCACUAAUAUAAUACAGUUCGCAAUCAGUGAAACAAGUGUCUGCGUGAAAUACCGUCGAAACAUCGAUAUAUAAAUAUCACAAAAAGUAACGAUAUUUGACGCGUAACGCCCUGUUAUUGAAUACUAAUAUAAGUUAACAUGAUAUCGAGGGAUAAAUACUUGUAAAUUAGAAAACAGAAAGUAUAUCUAUAUCUACAUAUAUAUAUAUAUAUAUGUAUGUGUAUAUAUAUAUAUUCAGAGUAAUUCUCUUGCUAGUUAACUCGAAGGAAACGUUGCUUCACCGCAGUGAUAACGCCGUGUCGGUAUAUGUGAUCUGUCACAUUCAUCACUAAAAGUCAAUAUCGGCGCUGUGCUAGUGCAGAGAUGGCUAUGUGUUGUAUAUAUGUAAAAUGAAAAUGAGAGUAAAUGAUCCAUAGAGUGAUUAGCGACGCUGCUUUUGAGUCGGCUAGCGAAAAAAUCACCCUGUACAUAUACGCGUAUGCAGUGGCGUGCAAAAAUAUUCAGUCAUCAUUUAGAACAGAAUAACUUCUUUAAAAUUAGUUCAAACGAUUUGACUUUUCUUGAGAAGUUAGUAGAAUUAGCUUAUUACAUGAUGUGUAAAAAAUAUUUUGAAAAAUUUACAAUGGAAUCACGAAGAAAAUAGUAAAGAUCACUUUUUACAAUUUUUUUAUUUCACUAAGCAAUGAAACUCUAAACACUAUUUCUUAUAAAUUUAUGUCACUUAUACUAUAUAUGUUAAAAAUUUCAUCGAAUUCAGUUGAUGCAGAAAUAAGUGACAGGCAUCGAAAAACGUAAGAAUCUUUAGAUUCAUUACGGUUAUAGGCCGAAAUUCGUGAAAAACUGCGAUUUUCACCAUUUUUAAUCGUUCCUAGCUUAUAGGAACGUUAACCAAUUUCGAUCAAAUUUUUUAUAACUGACAUAAAUGUGCAAAACAUACUUUUCAAAUUUCCAUUACAGACUUAGAUAAAAAAAGGGUUAUAAAAGAACAAUUUUUACUAUUUUUUUCUCAUUUCCGAUCAAUUGCAAUUUUGUCAAAAUUUUGUUUACACGUCAUUUAGUAAACUAAGCCUUCUAACUUUUCAAAAAGGUACAAGUCUAAUUUGGUCCAAUUAAAAAAAUUUUUGUUUUGUUUUACAGGGUGGCCGCACACCAUUUUUGCACGUCACUGUAUAUACAUAUAUAUACAUAUAUAUAUACGUAUGUGCGUGCGUGAACGUAUGUGCGCUCGUGGGUGUGUGUAUAUAAAUAAAAUAUAUGUAUACAGGAUGGGAGUAAAUGGUUGUUCAUAAAUCUAAGGAUAUCUAUAUCAAACGAAGUGAAUCGUAUAUACAUAAGUAAGAACUUACUUACGUUUAUGCACUCACUGAUAGAUCCUAUACUUUUCUUCUAUGUUUUUUUUUUUAUUUUGAAAAGAAAAAAGGAGUUGCCGUGAAAUAGUAUAAAUCGAUAACGAUAGAGGUAAAGUAAUACAUUGGGUAAUUAAAAUAUAUCCCUAAAUUUUUGAACACUACUUGGAAUCAUCCUAUAUAUACAUGUACGUGUACACAUAUUAUCUAUAUGAAUGACACGCAUAUAUGGAUGCAUAAUCAAAAUACGAUAUAUUUUCUUUUAAACAUUUCAUAGGGAUACCAUCAAUGGUAUAAAUCGUUUGUGUCGGACAAGAUAACUAUUAGAUUUAUUAUGCUAAUUUCUUGUUGAAACAAAUAAUGAAACGAAAAAUUUAACGUAAGGUUUAUUUUAUUUCAUUUCAUUUCACUUCGUUUCAAUUCGUGUUUCGUUUCCACUUCAUUUUGUUUCAUUUCGCAUUAAUUUCAUGAAUAACAGUAAAUAGUUCGAUGCGUUACGAAAUGUGAAUUUGAAGCACAUAUCAACCAACGACAGCCCAUAUGUCGAACAAAUUAUUCUUGUAUUUCUUUUCUUCGUCAAAAUGCCAGCAUAUUCGUUAGUCGUGUCCUCCAAUUAAUCUUUUUCAUGUUCGACACUACCGAUUUAAAUAUGAAUCCCUUGUGUAAGAAAUUUCAAAUUUCCGAUCAUCCAGUAUACUUGAUCUAACAAACUGGAUAUACUGAAGAAACGAAACAACAAUGUAGCGAGAUAUACUUCGCGCGACAUUCAUUUAAAAAAGAAUGAGAAAAGAGCACAUAAGAAAUUUAAAUUCGAUCAAUCAACUGGUCGUUCUAUUUGAUCGGCAACUAUUCCAUCAUUAGUUUCACUAUCUUGUUGCAUACACGGAUAUGUUUAUCGUGCAGCAAUUAUGUACAAUGAAAAAGCUUAGACUUUGUUUUAAAUCUCCUCGCACGCAUUUGUAUUAACAAAUUUAUUCGAUAAUUAUCUUUACGAAAAGCAAAAAUCACACAUACUAUUAAUACAUUUAUCAGAUUCUGUAAAUUCGUAGAAUUACAUUACAAAUGAUAGGUCAUCACGCUGUUGAUCAUGUUUACUAAAAAGUAUGUCAGUGUGUGUGUGCGUGUGUCGGUAAUGCAUCCUGCUUGUUUUAUCGCGUUUCGUGAAUAUUUUUACAAAAACAACUUGUAUCAAAGAAUUUGUUGAAGUUUAAGUUGUAAAUUUAUUUAAACAUCUUUCUAUAUCAGCGGCUCGAAAUUAAAAUGCUAGUAUUUAACUCAGUACACAAAUAGAGACAUUAAAGUUCGACUAUGAGUUUCAGUCAAAAAAUAUUUUGAAAGGUAUUUCAUGUUAGCUUUCACUCUAUUUCGAGGGAUUUUACAGAGAAACGAUUAAAAUGUAUAAAAGUUAAUGGAAGAAAUGUAAUAUUCUGGGCGGGGGGGGGGUAUGAAUAUACGAAUACAUCUGCAUAUUACUACCGAAACUUGAAAAUCCAUGUCAAGUAUCUUUGAAAGAUCAUGGUUGAAAAUCGUCUUUUACGCUCCGCUUCCGCUUGAAGUUUGCGUAUGUUCACUUGGAACAUGUAGAAAAAAUGACACACGCGGGCAAUAAAAAAACGUAUUGAAUGAGCAUUGUAUACUGUUGAAUAUUGUAUAUAACGAAAGAAUAAACCAAAUAAGACCAAAUACGACAAAUUAUAGGAAACAAAUAAAAAGGAGUAGAAGAAGAGUAGCAAGAAAGGAAAGAAAAUGAAGAGAAAGAAAGAAAAUGAGAAAUAAUUUGAAAAAAUGAAAAAUUGUCAACCAACCAAAAAUAAAAUAAGACUACAAACUGAAAUCACAGAAAAGCGAUAGAUGUACAUUUUACACCGAUUUAUAGAAUUUGAAAGCUUGAUCGUAGCUGUACGAUAAAAUUCUUUACACUUUCUAUAAUUAUCAUUAUGCUAUAAAACCACGUGCUCUUUUUUUUCUCAUUCAACAUCCAUACAUACGUGCACACUUUGCAACAUAUGCACACACUUACAUAGUAAUCGCAUAAUCGCACACGUGCGCAUAUACACACAAUACGUACGUACAUAAUAAGUUAUUGAUUAAUAUUUCACGAUGGAGAAGAAAUAACAAAAUAUCUACUUAACGAUUAUUAUAGAUAUAAUGCGUGCGGAUUUAAGAUUUACAGAUUUUCCGUUGCUCGAGUUAUUGCAUUGUCUACUACUACUACUACUACUACUACUACUACUACUACUACUACUACUACUACUACCACUAUAUCCUCCUCCCCCUCCUCCUUCUUCUCCUACUACCACUACUAUUACUACUACCACUACUACUACUGUUACAUUAUUACACUAUCACACUGCUACACUAUACUACUAUUACUACUACUACUACUAUUACUGCUGCUACUACUGUUGCUACUCCUACUACUACUUCUAUUACCACUCCCACCUCUCCCCUUCCUCUUACUACUACUACUAUUACUAAUCCUAUUACUACUAUUACUAUUACUACUACUGCUGCUUCUGCUAUUACUACUGCUACUACUACUACCGCUACUACUGCAAUUGCUGCUACUACUGCUGCUACUACUACUACAUACACACAACAUAUUAAAAUAUGUAACAACACACAAAUUUUAUUAUAUAAAUUUUACCGAGAUACGUUUCCGAACAAAAGUUGGUAUUUCCUUUUUUCUCGAUCUGCAUGACAUCCUGUUUAUCCUACACAAUGAGAUUCCUUCUUUAAAUUGUAAUUCAUUUGGAAUUAACAUCGAUACAGAAUGAGUUAGAAUCGUGAUAGGAGUAAUUGGUCCAAUAAUAAAUAUUACUUUCUCGUAAUUUUUCAGAGUAUUAAAUCGGUUUGUUAUAUAUGAAAUACUUUAUCCAUCAAACAUAAAAACCUAGUGAUAAGGUUUUUAGUGUUUAAUAUUCCAUUCAGUAGAUCGUAUUACGCCUACAUACAUACAUUCAUAUUUAUAUGACAAUCAAUGGAAAUCUUAGAUUAAUUAUUUUUUCUGUUUCAAAAGAAGGAAAACUGGUACAACGAAAAAUGAGAAUUAUAAUUAUUAUAAUCACGUUAACAGUAUUAAUAAAGAAAAGUAUCGAUAAUAUUGUUAAUAAUAAGAAUGAGAAGAAAUCGGAAAUUUGAAGAGUGAUAAAGCGAAAAAAUAAUUAAGAUCAAAGUAUUUUGUGUGUUUAGCUUGUGAGAAAUUAGGCCGUUGGUGCGCGAUAACGGAUCCUAAAAAUGUUAGGAGUAUCGUAAAGUUCCUGAAGAUUGAAUAAACACGCAACGCAGGCAAUGAGAAAAAUGGCAAAUGGUCGCAACACUGUAGCUCGGAGACGUAUCUUGGUACAUAGUUGGCCUAGUAACAAGUUUCAUAUUUUUCGCCCCAAUCGAAGUGAAUCGUCAAGUACUUAUCAUCUAUUAUACUAUAUUAUUGACAUUAUCCAGAAAUUUUAUUGAAAUAAACUUUAUCGAUACCGUUGAACAUAAUGUACUUAAAUUGUGACGACGACAAUUUCGAUAUUGUUACGGGCACUGAGUAUACAGAGUGAAAGGAGAAAACAAAAAUGAGGGAGAAGAGACAGGAUGCGAGAAAAAGGGGAAAAGUAAGUAAAUGAGUGAGUGAAUGAAUAAGAGUGAAGACGGUAAACGUGGCUCCGUGAUGUGUGUACGUUUGAUUGUAUGUAUGUGUGUAUGUAUAUGGAGGAAUGAGAGAAGAAAGUUGGAAAAAUGAGAGAAGAAGGAAGUGGGAAGCAAAAAAUAAACGGACAUCAGCCUUUGAAUGGAUGUGAAUCCGAAUAUUUGAAAUGAGAGAGAUCGAUAGAAUUAUUAUUGUAUAAUUAUAUAAACGGAAAUAUAAGAGAUACAAAUAUGAAUAGGAAUACGAAUAUAAAUGUGAAUAUGAAUAUGAAUACGAAUAUGAACAUGAACAUGAACAUCAAUAUGAACAUGAACAUUAAUAUGAAUAUGAAUAUGAAUAUGAAUAUGAAUAUGAAUAUGAAUAUGAAUAUGAAUAUGAAUAUGAAUAUGAAUAUGAAUAUGAAUAUGAAUAUGAAUAUGAAUAUGAAUACGAAUAUGAAUAUGAAUAUGAAUAUUAAUAUGAAUACAAAACAAAUUGGAACAGGGUGGGCCGGUCGUGUUAAAAUAAAACAAGUAUAGAAUACAAUGACGAUAUAACGAAUCUUUCUACGUAUAUUAUUUCCCUGUCAUUAAUACAUAUGCACACUUGUGUGAUGAAUCAGAAAUUGAGAAACCUUGUACCUUACGUAUAAAUACGCAAAGGCAGUGCAAACAUGUUGUUUAUGUUUUGUGUAAUUAUACAUUAGUAAUGAACAUUAUAUAAUUAUGAUAAUUCCUGUAUUUAUUGUUACUGUUCCUCGGUUACACGGAAAUGUUCAAGAAUGAUCCAUUUGUACAAUCAUUAAGUUAUUAAAAUAUGAUUAUUCAGUAUCAAA